AUGGUUUCCCCGGAUAAUUUUGAUGUCUCCUUUGAUCCGGUUGUUUCCUUUGACUUGGACUCUUUUCCAGACUUGAUUGUCUCAAAGGAACCUGUUGCCUCCUUUGAUUUGGUUGUUUCUGCAGAUUUCGUAGUUCCAGUCAGCACCCCUGAAGGUUCUUUUGAUCUCGAUCUUUCUUCAGAUUUGACUGCUUCGCCGGAAAGGUGCUGUGUGCCUUUCGAAUUUUUAUCUUCUUUGGAUUUCUUGCCAAAGCCUCUAAAACUUUUGUAUAAACAUGAUUAUAUUAAAGGCAGAACUGACAGUUUGUGGAUAGGCGUCACGUCUCCUUUUCUAAAUAUCAGCAAUUACUCUGUAUCAGCAACUAUUACUUAACC